AUGAUGUCCUCGAGUAAAGCUAGUAAAAAAUUCGAACUUGGAACUGCUCGUAUCCUCAACACCGAGGACCUCGAAACUUCUCAAUCGAAAUGGUUAGGUUUGAAGACCAUCAAUUGGGUCGAUGAGGAGGGCAAAGAGAGAAAGUGGGAAUGUACCGAGCGCAAGAAAUCUCACUCGUCGCCUGAUCAGAUCGACGCUGUUGCGGUUUUCACUCUCGUCUCCCGCCCCAAUCGGCCUUUGCAAGUCAUCCUGGUUUUGCAAUACCGUCCUCCUUUGGGUAAAGUGGUGGUUGAGUUACCGGCUGGAUUGGUCGAUGGAAAAGAAGCUGUAGAAGCAACUGCUUUACGAGAGUUAUAUGAGGAAACGGGUUAUGGAAAAGGGAAAGACGGCGGGAUGGCCACCGUAGAGGAUGUUAACACUUUGAUGGCCUGUAAUCCAGGAAUGACAAACGAGACGAUGGCUCUUGUGACAGUAAGAGUGAAGCUGGAAUCCGACAACAUCCCCGAACCGCAACCUGAUGAAGGAUAUGCUGUGGAUGCUCGACUCAUGCAUCUUGCUUGUGGUCUAUCUCUCAAUGUUGAUGAAUAG